AUGCCUCGUGUUACAAAACCGCCGGUGAAAGCUGCGUUCGAACAUCGAAAACACGUUGUGACGGCCAACAUCCUUGUGGCAAUUGCUCUGACAGAAAGAGAGACUGCAGUUAUCAACCCAGUCGCCGGGGUGGUCCUCGUAGAGGAGCCCAGUAUGAGAGGCAACGACAUCCAACUGCAGGCAACUCACUGCCAUCUUCCAUGUCAGAUGCCGCCAAUGAAAUAG